AUGGCAUCAAACUUUUCCGCAAACCAAUAUGACAGAGCAUUCAGUACAAAAAAUUUGUGCAACUGGCAAGUGCCACAUUGCUAUCCACAACAUCCACGACGGCGGACGAAUAUUACACAAUUUAUUUCGAAUGAUCGUGGACAUUUAUUGCCCAAUUUCGAACGAUCGAAAUCAGGUUCUUGGGGACAUUUUAAGAGCACAUGGGAACUUCCGAAUAUCAUAACCCGACAGCAAGCAAAUGAUUUGAGUGCUCCACAAAUGGGAAAUUCACGAUGGUCACUUCCAGAUCCUAACAAGAGAAAGACGCUUGAAAAACCCUUGAAUAUAAAACGAGAAGAUAUCGACAAAGAUAAUCGUGCAGAGAGUUCUGAAUUAAUGAGAUCUCUUACUCCAUUUGAAAAUGAAGACUGCAAGCGAGAAAUUGAAGAAAAUGCAAAACGAAAGUUUAAUGAAAAGGAAAAAUUAAAUAAUCCGAUAGCUAUUUCAGCAUACGGAAAACGUGCGAUUCGGCAUGAAACUCUUGAACGCGAUAAUGAUUUGCAUUAA